UCUUCUUCUUCUUCUUCUUCUUGCUGCGAAGGCUCAUUGUUUUCCUUCUUGCUUGGCACUUUCACCUUCCGGUAGAUAAUUGCACCCCUAGUAGUAGUACUCUGCGCUGUGCCUUGACAUCCCAUCCUGUGCCUCCAGUCUAAACCAUCAUAAUUUAAGCUAAACUAAGAUAAGCCAAGCUAGACGGCACUGUCUGGUCCCCCCUCUUCCUCCACCCUUAGCUUUCUCAUCAAGACCAUGGGUAUCAUAUCCAACCCUAUACCAUGUAACAGGGGUAGCAUGCUCUUGUUCCUGGUUCUUUCCACCAUUGCAUCUCUGCCCUCCAACUUGGUAUUGGCAUCAGAAGAUAACGAUGAUAAUGAUGAUAAUGACAAGAAGAUUUGGUUGCCUGGUGCCACUGGUUCUGGUCCUUUUGAUGUGGCCAAAGUCUGGGCAACUGCCUUUGGUGCGUUGUAUCCCGAGGCUCAUGUGACAUUGUCGAGUGUGGGAUCGGGGGCCGCGCAAAAGGCUCUAUGGGGAGACAUUGACUGCCACGACAAACCUGUCCAAGCCAUUUGUGGGGACCACCACGGCCAUGAUCAUCAUGAUACCACCAAUAAUCAAGCAACCGUGUGGGGAUUGGGAGAUGCCCCCAUCAAGGCUACUGUAUAUGAGGAACAUCCCUUGCUGCAACUCCAGCAGUUUCCUGCCUGUGCCGGUGCCAUGGCCAUUGUCUAUUCCAAAGAAGUCACGGAGAGUUUCAACGAUGCGGAUGCACAGCUCAAGAUGGACUUUGACGUCUUAUCAGGAAUCUUUAACACGUCCAUCAUCUACUGGGAUGAUCCGCAGAUACAAGCACUCAAUCCCACGCUGACCAUUCCACACGAACGCAUCUCCAAAUUGGUACGAGAAGACUCGUCGGGUCAGACAUCCAUAGUCACGGAUGCGUUGGACUUUCAAGUGCCCAGUUGGCCCUCAGAAGCUGUCGGCACAGAACCAGAUUGGCCACUAGGGCCACUGGCACAUCCCGGGGACUUGACGGGACAAUCACACUGUGUCGAGACAUCCACUAAUGAAACAACUUCCAACGUUAUGGGAGGACGACCCUAUAGUUUUGCUGCCGAUGGCAAGCAUGGCAUUUCCUUGGGCUUGCUACGAGUACCGUAUUCCAUUGGAUACUUGGAAAUGGGAUCGUUGGAUCGUCUUACCGAAUUCUUGCAGCAAGUGCAAAUGGGAACUAAUACUGCCGACGACAGCAGCAGCCAAGUCUUUGUCGAUGCCAAUCCAAAAUCUCUGCUGGCCACCAUGGAUGGACUCUCGGAUCAGCUCUCCCCCGACACUCUCGAACUCAAUCUGGCACGAGCCGAAACACCUCCCGGCGGUUUCCCCAUUGGAGGAUAUGCCUACUGGUACAUUAAAAAGACUCCCGAUGCCUACACGGAUUGCUAUCAAGCAUGGCUCUUGUGCAAAAUGGUCGAAUGGUCCUACACGGAUCCGCUGGCGGGAAAACUCGCACUCGAUCAUGGGUGGGUCGUUCCACCGGCAGCGGUGGCCAAUCAUACACUAGAACGACUCCAGGAUGUCAUGUGUUACAAUAUUGAAGUGUCACCUCCACAACUCAUUUCGGCACUCUCCUACACUCCACCUCCCUACCGUUCCUCUUCCGAAAGUGAUUUGCUCAUGAGUACCACCAUUUCCGUGGCGGCCGUUAUUAUUAUCGUGAUUCUCGGUCUGUGGCUAUUGGAUCGUCGGCGCAAACGACUGGGCGAUGAGAAUCUCUGGAGGAUCAAGGAAUCCGAACUCACAUAUGAUGAACCUACACCCCAAAUCAUUGGACAGGGCAAGUUUGGCGUCGUGUUGCUGGCCGAAUAUCGAGGCACUCAAGUAGCUGUCAAGCGUGUCAUUCCUCCUUCUUCUUCCAACAACAACGACAGCAACCACAACAACAAUAGCAACCACAAGUCACGGAAUCUUUCCUUGGGUCUUAGCAUGCAUGGACUGCCUCUAACCGCGGAAAGUAGUCAUACUACAACCAUGAUGUCGAGUGGCGCACACUUCACGGGAUUGAGCUCAUCAGGAUAUGUUCCAAACAGAAACAACAAUCAGAAGAAAACCUUGAACAUGUAUGACAAUUUCAACAACUUUGUAGGGAUCAAUUGGGGAUUAAUGUCGGGAUCCUUUGUCAAGGGAAUUCUGACGGGAACAGCCUUUGCUUCUAGCCCCGCCGGAGGAUCCCCACAUAACAGUGGCAGUGGCAGUGGUGGUAACAGAGACUUUCGUAGAAUGAAACAAGACUUUCGAGAGGAAGUCCGGUAUCUGAGCAAGCUACGACAUCCAUGCGUCACCACGGUCAUGGGUGCCGUCAUGGGAGAUAAUCCCAUGUUGGUCAUGGAGUACAUGCUCCGUGGGUCUCUCUAUGUUCUUUUGCACAAUGAGACCAUGGUGAUGGAUGGGGACUUGGCCGUUCCAAUCCUGCGAGAUAUCUCAUCGGGAUGUCGCUACCUUCAUGCCGCAGAACCUUCGGCAAUUAUUCAUUGUGACCUCAAGAGUGCCAACAUUCUAGUGGAUGACAAGUUUCGAGCCAAAGUUGCCGACUUUGGGCUCUCCCCCAAGGGCAACUAUGGAACUGGGACGCCUUACUGGAUGGCUCCUGAACUGCUGCGAGGGGAGAGCGGUAAUACAACUGCCACUGACGUGUACUCCUUCGGAAUUAUUCUUUUUGAAGUGUUUGCUCGCAAGGAUCCCUACGAAGAUGACAUGGACCCAGCAGAGGUCAUUCGAUUGGUGGCAGACAAGUCAGUCAAGAAGCGCCCGCCAAUCCCUCGCAGCAUGCCCGAGAAAAUCAAGGCUCUCAUGUCGGAUUGUUUGGAGGACGACGCCAGCCGUAGGCCAAGUUUCGAAGAGUUGGAUACUCGGUUGAAGCGCAUUGAUGCCGAGUCGGCCACUGUCGUGCAACCCAACAUUCGGAGCAGCCAGACCACACUGUUUGAUAUCUUUCCACGCCACAUAGCGGAAACACUCCAACGGGGGCAGACUGUUGAGCCAGAACACAAGGACUGUGUGACCAUCUUCUUCAGUGACAUCGUAGGAUUCACGACGAUUUCGUCUGAGCUGGAUCCUCGCAAAGUAGCAGACCUGCUUGACCGCCUCUACACAAAGCUGGAUAAUCUCUCAGACAAGCAUGAGCUGUUUAAGGUCGAAACAAUUGGGGAUGCUUAUAUGGCUGUUACAAACCUCGUAAAGGAUCAGGAAGAUGAUCACGCCAAACGGAUUGCGAUGUUCGCAAUUGAUGCAAUUGCUGCUGCGAAUGAUACCUACAUUGAUGAGGAAGAUCAUAGCAAAGGCUGCGUGAACUUGCGAGUUGGUUUCCACUCAGGGCCAGUCGUAGCUGAUGUGGUUGGCACCAGAAACCCUCGUUACUGCUUAUUUGGGGACAGUGUGAAUACUGCAUCCAGAAUGGAAUCUCACUCCAAAGCCAAUCGUAUCAACUGUUCUCGAGCAUCGGCCAAACUUUUGAAAACUCAAUUUCCAGAGCUUCGGUUGAAGCCUCGUGGUCCCAUUGCCAUCAAAGGAAAGGGCGACAUGCAGUGCUACUGGUGCGACGAGGACAGCUCUUCUCCAAAUCUCAAGGAGAUCCAUGUUCCCCAAGUGACAAAGGUUCCCGUACCCUUGGAAGCUCUAAGUGAAUGUUCCAACGAAUUCGACCCUCACACGUCCUUUAUAGGAGAGCUGUCCCGGUCAUCAGGUGCCCACUGGCCCGGAGGCAGAGAGGAUGCUGCAAGUACACAUAGUGAGCUUACACCCGCAUCAAACCCUGAGCAUUGGAUGGAUGAAGAAGCACAGGAGUGCUCGUUUGCGCAUGAUGUCUCGUUUGCGCAUGAUGGCAAUGAUCACUACUUGCACGAACAAGAACCACCAAAUGCCGAGGAGGGAGCACCAAAGAAAACUGGGCCAUUCUCACAGCUCAUUGGCCGCAGCCAAAAGUGGCUCCGCCUGGAUGAGGAAGUUGCGCUUGCUGGAGAUGAAGUAUCUGUUUAGCUAUCUAGAUGGAUACAGUUCGACAUCCUGUCUGAGGUGAAUACUUCGGCAUUGGAAUGUUGUUCGGGAGAAUGGGAUCGGGACUCGACGAGUUGCACCGAAGCGAAACGUUGGGAGGCAUACAAGACAUUGGAUUCGAUUCGAAACCUACGGUGGUCAAUGACACUCUCAGCACGAGUCUGGCAACAUGCAGCUAGUACCGUACGGUUGCUGAGCGUACCAUUAGCGAGAUCGACUGCAGCACGACUAGCAUCUAGCGUAUGCCACGGAUGCGCCUUUGAAAGUCGCAGGAUGCAGCCAUCGCGACGGACAACAAACCCGUCGCGGCAAGCUGGCGUCUCAUAAUUUCACUUUUUUAUAACUAACUUGUUUGCUAUUUUAGUUACGAGCCAAUUGCCGAUCGACCGUGUUCACUUACUGAGUAUGUUUCUACCACAACGUCAACAGCCACAUAGCUUACGUAAAAGCCGAAUGAUUCGAUAAACCAUAAUUACACAUCGAUAAAGGAACGAAUGGCG